CUCUGUUAGUCAUUCAUAUUUAAGUUGCGCUUGCCAUGCGUGCUUGUUGCCUGAACGCUUGUGUGUUGAGCUGUGAGCUCUUCAUUUCGUAACAAUAUCUGGCUUGAAAUCGCUGAAAUCACUAGUAAACGGCACAAUGAAGCUGCUUACGCAUAACAUGAUGACAUCAAAGUGCAUCAAGGGUGUCAGAACUGGUUUUCCCCUUGGCAUUGUGGCAAGUUCAUUCAUAGCGGCUCACUUGUAUCAGACACGUGCUAAUAUUUCCAUUUUUUUCUUCUUUCAGGCUAGCGAAACAAAAGUGACAACUGUGGAUUUUAAUCCAGAGUUCGUGUGUCGCAUGAUACCUAAGCUGGACUGGGAUGCCCUUUACCAAGCUGCCGAAAGCAUUGGCAUUGCUGCAGAUUUGCCUAAGGCAUUAUUACCAGAUUAUGAACAUAAUGAAGAGUUCUUGAGAAGAGUUCAUCACACACUUUUUGAGGUGGAGGUUGUUGCUGGAGAGCUUGUGUGCCCUGAAACAGGGAGGAAAUUCCCAAUAACAAAUGGAAUUCCAAACAUGCUUUUGAAUGAAAAUGAAGUACAUACGGGGGGAUCCCGAACAUGCUUUUGAAUGAAAAUGAAGUUUAAAACAAAGAGGGGCCUGAGGACAGACUGUAUUCCAAAUGUUAUUUUCAAUGAAAAUGAAGUUUAAAACAAAGAGAGGCCUGAGGACAGACGAGAUUCCAAAUGUUUUUUUGAAUGAAAUGAAGUUUAAAACAAAGGGGCCGGCCUGAGGACAGACAGGAUUCCAAAUGUUCUUUUGAAUGAAAAUAAAGUUUAAAACAAAGAAGGGCCUGAGGACAGACGAGAUUCCAAAUGUUCUUUUGAAUUAAAUUAAGUUUAAAACAAAGAGGGGCCUGAAGACAGACGGAAUUCCAAAUGUUUUUUUGAAUGAAAUGUUUAAAACAAAGAGGGGCCUGAAGACAGACAGAAUUCCAAAUGUUCUUUUGAAUGAAAUGAAGUUUAAAACAAAGAGGGGACUGAGGACAGACAGGAUUCCAAAUGUUCUUUUGAAUGAAAAUGAAGUUUAAAACAAAGAAGGGCCUGAGGACAGACGAGAUUCCAAAUAUUUUGAAUGGAGAUGAAAUAUGAAAAGAAGAGGAUUUGGAGGGUUCCAUGGUACAUUUUCUGCCAUCCCACUUGACCACUUUGUGUCAUUCAUCAGAAUGCAUCUUAUGUUUGUAAAUAAAAUAAACAGUGGCAACAGAUUUCACUGUGAGAAUAGAUGUAAUCAAAACUUUGAAGGGUCCGAUAGGCAAACUCAUCAGAAUGCAUCUCAUGUUUGUAAAUAAAAUAAACAGUGGCAACAGAUUUCACUGUGAGAAUAGAUGUAAUCAAAACUUUGAAGGGUCCGAUAGGCAAACUCAUCAGAAUGCAUCUCAUGUUUGUAAAUAAAAUAAACAGUGGCAACAGAUUUCACUGUGAGAAUAGAUGUAAUCAAAACUUUGAAGGGUCCGAUAGGCAAACUGUUAUGCUGCAAGAAGCAUGCAGUUGUUUUCAUUGAUAAAUUCAUCCUUUAACUCGUCCAUGAGGCAUACAUUGAUCAGCAUUUUAUUCGGCAGCUGUAUACUUGAGCAAUUAUUUUUGGUCAUAUAUGAACUUAGAUGCAUUUUGUGCAUCUCUACAUUAGAUGCACUGAAGCAGGCUGAUAAAAAGUUGUGUCAAAGUCAGAAAAAAGAAGUGCUGUCAGCUGGAGCUUCUUGCUACAUUUGUUGUGGAUCUAAACGUAAUGUGGUAAUCACAGUUCAAACCUGACAUUAGAAGUGGCUGCAUCCCCUCUCUAUCACAUCCUACCAAGGAUGCAUUACUCUUAAUUGGGCAGAGAACAUAGCAGUCUGAAUUUGGUUGGAGAAAGUAUUGGUUUUGUAUAGUAUGAAUGGUGAGAAAAUUACAAACACAGGUUUGAAAAAGUUUCAUUUAAGAGCACAAACUAGCGACCACUGCACCGUUUUAAAGACAGAUAUGCUGAGCGAAAAACAUAUGGCGGCAGAAAGAGAAAGGAGUUAAGAGCUAUAAAAAUUCUAAGCUGCGACUCUGCUUUGCGAAGGAAAUCGGUGUACACUAGCGUGUGAGGAUGAAAGUGAUUGGUAGUGAAUGGUGUUGAAUAGCCAAACAUUUCAAAGAAUCAUAUCCAGUGGGGUCUCAUGCAAAAAUUGUGACAGCCUUGAUGUCAUUUGUACCAAGAUGUGGCAAAGGUCUUUGAAGAACCUUUUCAUAUAAUGCUGUAUAAAUAAAUUUUGACAAAGGUUC